AUGAAGUCAGUCCAGUUUUGCUUCCUUUUCUGCUGCUGGAGAGCAAUCUGCUCCAAGAGCUGUGAGCUGACCAACAUCACCAUCACAGUGGAAAAGGAGGAAUGUCGCUUCUGCAUAAGCAUCAAUACCACAUGGUGUGCUGGCUACUGCUACACCCGGGAUCUAGUGUACAAGGACCCAGCCAGGCCCAACAUCCAGAAAACAUGUACCUUCAAAGAGCUGGUGUAUGAGACUGUGAAGUUGCCUGGCUGUGCUCACCAGGCAGACUCCCUAUAUACUUAUCCAGUAGCCACUGAAUGUCACUGUGGCAGGUGUGACAGUGACAGCACUGACUGCACUGUGAGAGGCUUGGGGCCCAGCUACUGCUCCUUCAGUGAAAUGAAAGAAUAA